UACGUCAAAACAUUACAGUGACGUGACGUUUACAGAUUCUUGUUGGUGUGUCGUAAACUGCGAAAAAUUCGCCACGCAGAAUGGGAGACACGCCAACUUCAGAAUUAGAGUCCAAUAAAGAAAGCCCUAAGGCCGAGAAUAACACUGAGCUGGACCGGCGUCCCUUCGGUGGGUUGGAGUUUCAAGUAUCUGAAGUAGUAGGAAGACUAGAAGCCGUAGUGAAUGCUCAAGAUGCGUCGGAAGAGGAGAAAAAGCCGGAACCGCGUAAGAUGAGCUGUGGUUUCUUCGAACCUGAAGAAAGUUCUAUGGAUGAGAUUCUAAAGGUUUUAGAGGACAUGGUGAUAAAAACUGACCCUAAUGCUGAAUGUGUGGAGCCUCCGUUAUUACCUACGGAUGCGAUGACUCGGGCGGCCAUUCUUUCACAUAGUAUAUCUGCGUUAUUUGCCAGAUUAGAGAGAUCUCAUGCUAUGAGACUAGGUGCUCAUAUUGCCAGUGAAACUACACGUUGGAUGGCACAUCUGUUCAGAUUGGUAGACUACAAUGCAUUCUAUCACCAAGACAACAUGGAAGGAUUGGUCAGAGUCACAAGGAUGUUGCUUCACCACAGAUAUCCAAGAUAUUUAGAAGAUGGAGCACUGGCAUUCAGCAAUCGCCUGCCUUCAAUAUACAGUUGUGUGGCGAGCCCUUUAGUUGUAGUACAGCACUUGUGUAGACAACUCAGUCUGCCUCUCGCCUGUGUGCGUCCUGUGCCUGUUCAUCCGUCAGGUCGAGGAAUGGAUAUUGAGGCGUUAGAACGUCUUUGCGAGGAAGAUAUAGCUGCGAAUAGGACGCCUUUGCUAGUGCUAGGUGAGGCAGGCGGGGCUCCACUGGGCUGUGGGACUCCGCUGCUUCCGCUGAGUGCUGUCUGCCGGUCUCACAAUAUACAUCUCCAUGUACGAGGACAUGCGUUGGCUUUGCCAGCAGCUACUACCACUGAAGAGAGUUACAGUGUGCCUGAUUCAGUGGCGCUGACACCAGGUCCGUGGUUUGGAAUUCCAGGGUUACCAACUGUUACAUUUUAUAAAAUACCAGAAGCUGUCAACGUGAAUGAACAUUCAAAGUCUGUUAGUACAAGCGUGGGUCGCGAGGGUGCGCUGGGUGCGCUGGCGGGUCUGUGCGGGGGGGCGCGGCUGCCCGCACUGCCGCUGUGGGCGGCGACGCGCGCGGCCGGGGCGAGGCGACUGGCGCGCUCUCUGCACGCCGCAUUCCGCUCCGCGCAGGCGGUGCGCGCGGUCGUCGCCGGAGCAGGACUCAGGAUACUGAGUGAACGACCAGGCGGCGAUGAACCGCCAAAUGUUGGCAUCGUUGAUGCGAUAAGCCAGGCGUCAGCGUGCGUGGCGUUCCAGUUCGCGCCGGGUGCGGAGUGCGGCGACAAGCCCCCGCCUUACUACGACAAGCUCAACUCCUGGCUCGGACAGGUGCUGCAGCGGGAGGCGGACAUGAUAACGAUUGAGGUUUGCGAGAGCGAGUCGUACGGCAUCGUGCUACGUUACUGCCCGCUGGAGGGUCACGUGGUGGAGGAGGAGCUGCUGGAGGCGUGGGCGAGCGUGCUGGACGCGCAGCUGCAGGUGCUGCACGCCACAGUCGCGCUGCGCGAGCCCUUCCAGCAGCGCGUGCAGCAGCAUCCAUGUCUGCAGCUCGUGCACGUGCCCGGCUGGGCGGGUCUGGGCGGGGUGCGGUACGUGGGGGCGGGGCGGGAGGACGCGAGCGCGGAGGAGCUGAACGCUCUCAACCGGCAGCUGGUGGACACGCUGCGGCUCACUGACGGCGCCUUCUCCUGCGGUGAUGGUGACGAUGGCAUGGAUUGCAUCAGAUUCGGCAUGGUGACGGCGGACACGGACGUGGACGAGCUGCUGGAGCUGGUGGUGGCGGCGGGCAAGGACGUGGAGGACAACUCGCGCGCUCUCACUGAUAUGACUGAAGUACUCAAAAAGGGUAUAGAGGAAGCGCAGGCGGAGCUGGAGCGUGACGCGUGGCAGGAGGGUCUGCUGCGCCGGGUGCCCGUCGUCGGGCGCGUCGUCAGCUGGUGGGCACCGCCCGCACCCCCCGCCGGGCGACGACUGCUGCUCACGCACGGCACGCUGCAACCCACCACCGACAUAUACAGAUAUGUUCUUAAGAAAGAUAAAAGUGAAGAGGAGCCUGCGCGCGCACACUCGCCGGCCAGGCAACAUGAGCCCUCCAGCAAGGAGGGCCGCUCCGUUGACUAGGUCGGCGUACACUGGCCGACACACGCUAUAUGUAUUCCAACUGUAUUCUACCGUGGGUCUCCACUGUCGAAACAUUUGUAUUGCCAUCCUUUUCACCCUCUCAAGGGAUGGAAAGGAAUAGACAAGGAAGGGCAUGUGUAAGAAAGGGAUAAAUCCUUCUUGUGUACAUUUUCUGACCAUUAAGUCAGGCAUUUCUUUUCAACUUUUUGCGAUUGUCUAUUGGCACUUUCAUUUCGAUAUUUUAGCAAUACCAAGAUUUUUUUACCAUAUUCUGGUAUAAAAAUAACUUUUUUU